GAACGUUGUUGCAUGCAUGCAUGCAAGCGUAAUCGAAUAUACUGUACAUACAUACUGUAAACACUGUUUCGCCAAAGCAUACGUAGCUGAGCUACUCCUUAACAUCCCGAAGCCCGCAACCGUCAGCCUCACCGAUAACGAAAGAAGAUGUCGCAAUCACUCGAAGCUAACCCAAGGGGGAUUCCCCGGGCUCCUUUUGUGAGCAAAGUUGAGGAAUAUGCUGCCUCAGAGGCCGAAGUGGAGUCGACGCUGCGGAAAUUCCAGGAAAUGAUCUCGAAAUACAAGUACAUGCAGGGUCAUUUACUGCAGCGCAAACAGAGUCUCGAAUCCAAGAUUCCCGACAUCAAGAAGACGCUGGAGAUGGUCGAGUUCCUGAUCACUGGUCAGGACUCUGAGGAACCAUUGACAUCCCACUACGAGCUGAACGACACCCUCUACGCCCAUGCCCGCCUGACACCCUCCAAGGACGGGAAGUCGACCGUCUACCUAUGGCUCGGAGCGAACGUGAUGCUCGAGUACACGACAGCGGAGGCACAAACGCUUCUGCAGCAAAAGUUGGGCAGCGCAAAGACAUCCCUUACGCAGGUCGAUGAGGAUCUCGAAUUCCUACGAGAGCAGAUUACGACGAUGGAGGUCAACACUGCGCGUGUGUACAAUCAUGAUGUGAAGAUGAGGAGGUUGAGGAAGCAGGCUGAGGGGUCGAAGGCUGGUGCGCCCGCUAUCGCUGGGAAGGCGUAGACGGGGGAUUCCGGUAUCUUGGUAGGAUAUGUCGUAGGAUCCUCAUGGGAGGGCAUACUUCGCCGUAGUCAUCAAAGGAGAGAGCUCAAGGGCGAUUGCUCAGCUCCUGCGACUACGCGGUGGGACGGCCGUAACCGUCUGUUCUGCAUUG